CUGUCCUCGGAGUAACAACAACACGCCUCACAACCGUAAAAAACUACACGACCAGCCUGCCCCACGACAAGCCGAGUAGAGCAGGUACUGCGUUCACCAUUGUUUACUCGCAGCGCUAGCAAGCAAGCUCGUCACCAGGCACUGAAGCUCAGUCCCCCCUCCCCCUCCGUGCGCCCGCUCUCCCUGCAGCCAGCCGCCGCCGCUUCUGGCCAUUGUAGCAAGGCAGAUCCCCGAACCAGCGGAUGCAGAAGCUCCAGCUCGCCAGCCCGACCGCGGUGUCCGUCCCGGCGCUCUUCCUCUUCGUCCUCUUCCUCCUCGCCGCGCGCCAGCAACGCUCGCUCCUCGACACCUACAGGUCCGGGUUCGCCUCCGUUUCCUCGUCGGGCUCGCCGCGGCUCGAGCCCGGGCGUCCUGCUGUCGCCCGGGUGCCCAAGGGAUGCGACAUUUUCCGGGGCGAGUGGGUGCCGGACGACGGCGGCGAGCCGUACUACACGAACCGGACCUGCCCGCUGAUCCAGGAGCACCAGAACUGCAUGAAGUACGGCCGCCCCGACCUCGGCUUCCUUAAAUGGCGCUGGCGGCCGGCGCAGUGCGAGCUCCCGCGGUUCGACGCGGCGGCCUUCUUCGAAGCCGUCAGGGGUCGCUCCAUGGCCUUCGUCGGCGACUCGCUCGCCAGGAACCACAUGCAGUCCCUCAUGUGCCUCUUGUCCAAGCUGGAGUAUCCCAAAGACAUUUCCACGACGAAAAACCAAGAAUUCAGGACACUGCACUACGAGUCUUACAACUUCACCAUCUCCACCUUCUGGUCGCCGUUCCUCGUCAAGGCGAACCAGUCCGACGCCGAUUACGGCAGCGGCCGGCUGUGGAACAUCUACCUCGACGAGCCGGACGACGCCUGGCUGCCCGGCGUGGCGGGCGCCGACUACCUCGUCCUCUCGGGCGCGAACUGGUUCACGCGGCCGUCCCUGUUCUACGAGUCCGGCCGCGUCGUCGCCUGCCACUACUGCCUCGUCCCGGGCGUGCCGGACCUCACGCUGCGGCACUCGCAGCGCGUCGCGUUCCGCACGGUGCUGCGGGCGGUCACGAGCCACCCGGGCUUCAACGGGACGGCCAUCGUGCGGACGGUGUCGCCGACGCACUUCGAGGGCGGGGAGUGGAACAAGGGCGGCGACUGCCGGCGGACGCGGCCGUACGCGGCGAACGAGACGCGCAUGGCCGGGCUGAGCCUCGACUUCCACACGGCGCAGGUGGAGGAGUUCGCGCAGGCAGAGGAGGCGGCCAGGAGGAGAGGAGGGGGCGGCGCGAGGCUGGUGCUGAUGGACACCACGGCGGCGAUGCUGCUCCGGCCGGACGGGCACCCGAGCCGGUACGGGCACUGGGCGCACGAGAACGUGACCCUGUACAAGGACUGCGUGCACUGGUGCCUGCCGGGCCCCAUCGACGCGUGGAACGAGAUGCUGCUCCAGAUGGUACUGCCAUGAUGAUGUGCACCGUAAUGUCGUCGGCCGUUUUCUGGUUUCAGCUGUGUGCUUCUCAAUUGCUGGUUGUUACGGAAAUUCCAUGUGGAAAUAGACGACAAAGAAUUUGCCGUUUGUUUUUUUUUCUUUGGUCACAACGUGUGAUACAAACAUAUGGCAACUCCAAACGUUUUUUAUGGUAAGUUUGCUCACUUA